GCACGUCGCACAAGAGAUUCACUGCAACAUUCACAGUUCUCUUGCAGGUUAUGUUUUUUAAACCUCACAUUUUGUUUUCAAAGUUGAGGAACAAACCAGCAAUAAGUUGAUCAGUACUUGUUGAUGUGAACAAUUUAGGAAUGUGGAGCGACGAAACCAUCACGUCAUACCUCAAGAAUGUCAUUGAGUGCAGGCGUCAAACAGCAUUUGAGAGGCAGCAUGUGCUGCUUCUCAUUGACAGUUAUGGCCCGCACCUGAAACUGCGUGAGAAUUCAAAACUGCAAAGGCAGAAUAUUCAUGUGUUCAUCAUCUCGCCCUGCUUGCCCAACCUGCUCCAGCCGCUCGAUGUCGCCAUCAACAGAUCCUUCCAGCAGCACUACUCUCGGAGAUAUGAAGCAUACAUUCAGACAGCAAUUGAGGAUACAAGUUUGCAGACCACGGCUGGCAACCCAAGAUGCCCUUCUUAUCAAAUGGUGGCAGACUGGGUAUGUGAGUGGGUGAAAACGAAAACAAGGGAGGACAUCACAAAUUCAUUCCAUAUGUGCAGAUUGGUGUCCAAGGCUGAAUUCACAUUGGACAAGCUGCAUGCACUGUUGAAGGUCCUCUUUGAUUCGGUUUUGAACAUGGAUGAGUGGAAUGAUUUGUAUGGGCAAGAAUUUACUGUUGCUCCAGAAUCUAUGAAUCUGGAGCUUCUGCAGCCCCCUGAGUACUUCAUUCCGUAUGAUGCACAAGAAGGAGAACCCUGCAGUUUCUGGCAGUGUCUUCACCGGGCUAUUUAUGGUUCACACCCUGUUGUCACAUGCAAGGAGUUCAGGCAUGCUAUGAUAGAGAAGAUGAAGGGUAUGGAUGAAUUGGCGGACAUCACCGAUUCUCGGUAUUUUGCACAGCUGCAUAGUGGUGGCAAAGUUGAUGAGGACAUUGUGGGUUAUGCUGUUAGCCAGAUGGGAAGGUGCACAAUCCGCAUACAAGAUGCUGCUGAUUCUUCCUUCCGGGUCAUUGAGCCCAAUAACCCGGCACAUGAAAUGAACCUUGUAUGUGUGAAUGAGUUUUAUGUGUUGAAGUUGUGACCGGAGGGAAACUGGAACUUAUUUGGCUUCUUUUUUUUUAUUUUCCCUUGGUCCCGUCACUUUAUUUUUCUCCCCCUCGCCCUCCCUUACUUCAUUCUUCUUAUGUGGGAUUUUUUUAUUCUUCUAAAUACCGUCAGUGUGCAACAUUUUUAGUGCUCGGAGUUUUUUGAAAUGGGGGUGGGUUUCGAUGCCUGAGUUUCGAAAUGGCGUACAACUUGCAGUUGUGGCCCUCUUUCUGGCUGUAUGCCUGAGUUUUGAAAAGGAGUAAAGCUUGCAGCUGUGA